AUGGCUGCCGUGAAAGCUUUGGCUGUGCUGCCGGGACGGAUGACGCUGUGGCCGAAAUGGUCCUCCGGGGGGCGGGCCCCGUUCUGCGCCGCCAAAAGGAGCAUCCUUGGGCUUUCUGCCCGGUCAGGUAUGGUCUGGAAGCCAAGCAGGUGCUGCAGUUCUACUGCUGAAGCAGCCACCUGUAAAACAGAGGACGACUCUUUUCUGCAGUGGUUCCUGCUUCUCAUCCCUGCUACUGCUUUUGGCCUGGGGACUUGGCAGGUCCAGCGUCGGAAAUGGAAGCUGAAACUGAUUGCAGAAUUAGAGUCUCGAGUCAUGGCUGAGCCCAUCCCUCUACCUGCUGACCCAAUGGAACUGAAAAAUCUGGAGUAUAGGCCAGUGAAGGUCAGGGGUCAUUUUGACCAUGCCAAAGAAUUGUACAUGAUGCCUCGGACCAUGGUGGACCCUGUCCGAGAGGCCCGUGAUGUUGGCAGAAUGUCCUCCUCAACUGAAAGUGGAGCCUAUGUAGUUACUCCUUUCCACUGCUCUGACUUGGGAGUCACCAUCCUGGUUAACAGAGGGUUUGUUCCCAGGAAGAAAGUGAAUCCUGAGACCAGGCAGAAAGGCCAGGUUCCCGGAGAAGUAGACCUAGUUGGCAUAGUGAGGCUGGCAGAAACCCGGAAGCCCUUUGUUCCUGAGAACAGUCCAGAGAAGAAUCAUUGGCAUUAUCGGGACCUGGAGGCUAUGGCCAAGAUAACAGGCGCAGAUCCCAUUUUCAUCGAUGCAGAUUUCCAGAGCACAAUCCCUGGAGGACCCGUAGGAGGGCAAACUAGAGUGACCUUGCGGAACGAGCACAUGCAGUACAUUAUUACCUGGUAUGGACUGUGUGCGGCCACAUCAUACUUGUGGUUCCAGAAAUUUGUGUGGCGGACACAUCUGUGAAGUUAAUGAACCUGCUCCUAAUCCAGAGAUCGCCACACAGAAUAAAGAUUCCAAUUUGUAAAAACCUG